GAACAACUUUGAACACCCGUCAGUUUGGCGUUCUCCAGUGACAUGCAGAAUGCUUCGCUCUAACUCUGUGUGUACAGAAAAAUAAACCUUUCCGAUGAAGAAAGAAACCAGGAGAAAAACGCACCACAGUCUACAAUAAAAAAAAAAAAAGAAAACUUCUCAAGCUGGUUUGAGGGGACUGCUUCAAUUUUCAUUCUAGGCAUCGCAAUGGAUUAUAUUUAUGUUUUGUUUUACUGCACAAUAUGUGUAUUAUUUUUGGAUUAUAGACACGCUGCAAACUCUCAUGCCAAUCUCUCUGGAAAGUUAAGUGAAUACGGACUCAUCGUUCCGUUCAGCACAGACUCUAAAGGCCGGUAUAUCUCUCACGUGGUGUCGCUCGCAGAUGGAAGUAAAAGUGGCGUUUCGUCCGCUGGAAGACGGCGCGUUUCCCGCAGCGUCCCAAGUUCCUCCACGUUCACUUCUAAUAGUCAACAGUUGUUUUUCAACGUCACUGUCUUUGGUAAGGAGUUGCACUUGCGCCUCAGAGCCAACAGAAGGCUCGUUGCACCAGAUGCCUUUGUGGAAUGGCAAGAGGACUUCGAGGAAAAGGCCAAGGAGCGUAUUCAUGGCAACUGUGUUUUUACCGGAGAUGUUACUGAUAUGCCAGAAGCCUCAGUGGCUAUUAGUAACUGUGAUGGACUGGCAGGCCUUAUUCGAACGGACAAUGAGGAGUUCUUCAUUGAGCCCUUGGAGAAAGGCCAGCAGGAGGUGGAGAAAAAGGGCCGUGUCCACGUGGUCUACCGACGCUCCGCCAUCAAGAGAGAGCCCAGUCAACGCAAGGAGCACCUCCACAAUGAAGUGGCUGAUUUUGGCAUCGCGGAGCUGCCCAACGCCCUAGACGCGGUGGAGCAGAAGCUGACCGAGUCGGAGCGCAAGCGGCGGGCCGCCAAGAAAGAGGACUACAACAUCGAGGUCUUGCUGGCCGUGGACGACUCGGUGGUGCGCUUCCAUGGGAAGGAACACGUCCAGAACUACGUGCUGACCCUCAUGAACAUUGUAGAUGAAAUCUACCAUGACGAAUCCCUAGGAACCAACAUCAAUGUGGUCCUCGUGCGAAUCAUCAUGGUUGGCUACAGACAGUCCAUCAGUCUGAUUGAGCGUGGAAACCCAUCUCGGAGCCUGGAGCAGGUGUGCCGCUGGGCCAACACCCAACAGCGCUUGGACCCCAACCACGCCGAGUACCAUGACCAUGCCAUCUUCCUGACCAGGCAAGAUUUUGGUCCCGCAGGUAUGCAAGGUUACGCCCCGGUGACAGGCAUGUGCCACCCCCUGAGGAGUUGCACACUCAACCACGAGGACGGCUUCUCCUCCGCGUUCGUGGUGGCCCACGAGACAGGACACGUGCUGGGGAUGGAGCAUGAUGGCCAGGGGAACCGGUGCGCCGAUGAGACCAGUAUGGGCAGCAUCAUGGCGCCGCUGGUGCAGGCGGCCUUCCACCGCUACCACUGGUCACGCUGCAGCAAGCAGGAGCUCAACAGAUACCUUCACUCCUAUGACUGUUUGUUGGAUGAUCCCUUCGAGCACAAAUGGCCCAAGCUGCCCGAGCUUCCAGGGAUCAACUACUCCAUGGACGAACAGUGCCGCUUUGAUUUUGGGGUCGGGUACAAGAUGUGCACGGCAUUCCGUACUUAUGACCCAUGCAAGCAGCUGUGGUGCAGUCACCCUGACAACCAGUACUUCUGCAAGACUAAGAAGGGACCCCCUGUGGAUGGCACCGAGUGUGCCCCUGGGAAGUGGUGCUUCAAGGGCCAUUGCAUCUGGAGGUCGUCGCACGAGCCUUAUGGUCACGACGGCAGCUGGAGCUCCUGGAGCAAGUUUGGCUCGUGUUCGCGGACCUGCGGUGGAGGGGUGCGCUCACGCAGCAGGCAGUGCAACAACCCACCUCCUGCAUACGGUGGCCGUGACUGCCCUGGCUCCACCUUCGACUACCAGAUAUGCAACCCAGAGGACUGCGCUGGCCCCUACGAGGACUUCCGUGCCCAGCAGUGUGUCCAGCGCAGCAACAAGUACCACAACAACGUCAAGCACACCUGGUUGCCUUACGAGCAUCCGGACGAGGCCCAUAAGUGUGAGCUGAGCUGCCGCUCUAAGGAGACGGGUGAGGUGGUGUUCAUGAACCAGGUGAUGCACGACGGCACACGCUGCAGCUACACCGAUCCCUUCAGCGUCUGCGCCCGCGGGGAAUGUUUGCAUGUGGGCUGUGAUAAAGAGGUGGGCUCCUACAAACAAGAGGACAAAUGUGGCGUGUGCAGUGGGGACAACUCGCAUUGCCGAACCGUCAAGCUCACGCUCACCAAGACCCCCAAGAAAACAGGCAUGCUGAAAAUGUUUGACAUUCCAGUGGGAGCACGUCACAUCCUUAUCGAGGAGAACGAGACCUCCCCACACAUAAUUGCUGUGAAAAAUCAGGUGACGGGCAACUUCAUCCUGAACUCCAAGGGUGAUGAAGUGAAGUCCAAGACGUUCAUUGAGGAUGGACUUGAGUGGGAGUAUUCUGUCGGCACCGGCAAGGAGUCUUUGAAAACCAUUGGGCCUCUCAAUGAAGGCAUUGUUGUGCUUGUGGUCCCUCAGGAGGAGGAGGCUAAGAUCAGCCUGACCUACACGUACAUCAUACACGAGGACCUGGUGCCUGUCAUCACCAAUAACAACGUGCUGCUGGCCGAACUGGACACGUACGAAUGGGCACUGAAGAGCUGGUCACAGUGCUCCAAACCCUGUGGAGGAGGUGUCCAGUACACUAAGUACGGCUGCAGAAAGAAGAGUGACAGCCGACUGGUGCACCGCAACUUCUGUGAGCUGGGCAAGAAACCCAAGCCCAUACGGAAACGCUGCAAUGUCCAGGAAUGCAGUCAGCCUAAGUGGGUGGUUGAGGAGUGGAGCCCCUGCAGUAAGACCUGUGGGAAGGCAGGUUACCAGUCCCGAGUGGUGACGUGCACGCAGGCCCUGCUCAACGGCACCAGUCGCAGCGUCCACACCAAGUACUGCGCCGAGGAGCGGCCCGAAGCUCGCCGCGCGUGCAACAUCUCCGCCUGCCCCGCACCCUGGAGGACCGGUGCCUGGUCACAGUGCUCGGUCACCUGUGGUGAAGGCAUUCAGCAAAGGCAGGUUGUUUGCCGUGCCAUGGACAACAGCAGUGGUCAGUGUGAGGGAGAAAAGCCAGAAACCGUUCUCAUAUGCAAACUAGCCCCUUGUCCAGGCCAAUCUUCACUUCCGUCACCCACAACUGUUGUGGUGGAGAACGGGACCUCAAGUGACUCAGAUGCUGAUGAUAACAACCCCAUCAACAAAAUCUCCAACGAACCAUGCCUGGGCGACAAAUCCAUUUUCUGCCAGAUGGAAGUACUAGCGCGUUACUGCUCCAUCCCAGGCUACAACAAACUCUGCUGUGAGUCCUGCAGUAAGAGGGCCAUCGGCCCUGCCAGCACUGGCGCCACCACCACCACCCAGACGCCCAACCUGGACACUGCCGUCCCCAACCCACGCUACAGCGUCACUGCCCCCACCCACUCCAGCGCCAUCGUUCCAACUCCAGACGCCACGACGGCCUCGACCGUCGUCAGCACCUCCACGCCAGCCCCAGUGCGAACCACCAAGACGCCCGCGAGGAGACCACGUGCCACAGUGCAAGGCCAAACCCCAUCGCCGCCUCCCAGUCCGCAGGCAGCGUCCAUCUCUCCCGAGGAAAACGCUACUACGCCUCUGCCCUCAACCCCACCCCUGGAGCCCCCCACUAGUCAGAACCAAGCCCAGGCGCCCUCUAGCUCUGGGACCCCUCUACCUCUGGACCCCACUGGACCCCCAGUUCAGUCCACCACCACCCAUCCCAGCGGAGAGGAUGGCAACAGCACUUUAGGCGCCCAGGAGGCCAGUGAGGGGAGGAGAAGGGACAGUGUGGAAUCGGAGAGGCCCCUGACGCAAAGGACCUUGCCAAUGGAGACCUGAGCAGCUGCUUUUUUCAAUAAUAGUCAGUUUGUUUUGUUUUUUUUUGUUUAUGUUUGUUUGUUUGUUUGUUUGUUCAUCGGCUCACUGUCUCUACAUGGUUCCUGGUGAACACACUCUCUCGUCUCAUCUCAUCACUCUUUACCAGUGGACAUAAACCCGGAAUGGUUACCUCAGUUCCUAUACAAACAUACAUAAACUUACACACACAAACACACACACAAACACACACACACACACACACACACACACACACACACACACACACACACACACACAACCACUCACA